UUUAAAACACUUCGAAUACAUCGUCGAGGUAUCGAAGCAAAAAGGAUCCUUCACUCACAAAAUGAAAACUGUUGCGUCUCUUCUUGCAAUAAUUGGAGUCUUACUCACCCGUUGGACUGACAUCCGAGGUGACGAAAGUAUGUGCUAUAAGUUCUGCUGUGAGGAUAAUUCAAACAUAAAUUUAACAAACUGUUGCAGUGAGGCAACUUCGCAUCUGUUACCUCCACGGUUUUACAGCUUUACGUGCGUGAGGCAGCUUCUCGAGCUCUGCGCUUCUUCUGUAAACGAUUCUAAGAUUGAUGUGGCAAAGCAGAAUUUACAACAAAAUUGCAGAAUCAAUUGUACUGAAAAUGUCCUUACUACCUCUCAGUCAACAAACAUUUCGGUUAACUGGAAGGAGCCAAAGUUUUGGCCGGAGGAUAAAGAAUUACCUAGUGCUUUCAAACACAGUUGGGAAAAACGCGAGGAAUUUAUUUUGCGGAUGAUGUCGCAUUUGUGCGUGAACACGGCCAAAGCGCCCUUAAACUGUUUGAUCACGUAUAAUUACCCUGUCUUUACUGGAGAGAAAAACUUCGAGAAAAAAACAUUUGUGUGUGGUUUAAACGCGCCACCAGCUUACUUAGUUAUGAAAGAAGGAAACAAUGGUAUCGUAAGGGUGGUUUCCUGUUCUGCUGCCCAUCUCUGGCCAAUAAUUUGUAUCUGUGUCACUUGGACGUUGAUAUCAGGAGUUAUCAUAUGGCUGUUGGAUCGACGAAAAAACUCUGAGGAGUUUCCACGGUCCUUCUGGGAAGGCGUUCGCGAAGGAACGUGGUGGGCAGUGGUUACCAUGACUACUGUUGGAUAUGGAGACAAGUCCCCCAAGUCUUCACUAGCUCGUAUUUAUGCUGCAGCUUGGAUGAUAAUCGGUAUGAUCAUUCUCUCCAUAUUCGCAGCUGAAGUUUCCUCCAUAUUGACAGCAAGACAGACAAAACCUCACCAUUCUCUCCUGAAUCGAUCUAUCGGAGUCCCUAAUGGCAGCAAGCAGUACUUUCAGGAGGAGUUCAGAGGCGCAAAAAUCAUAGAGAUGAAUUCCUCGCAAGAUCUUGAUACUCACUUGGCGAAUGGAAAUAAGCAACGAAUUGUGUAUUACAGCUGCAAGGCAGGCGAGGGUGUGGAUCGUGACAAGCAGAUUGUGAAGGCUCUGAAGCACCACAUAAUUGGAACUGAAAUGAAGGUGAAUACCACAUGCCUCUACCUUGCAAAUGAAACAUUUCCAGUUCAGUCCCUUGUGCAGUGUGUUAAGAAUAAUGUGAAGAAACACGUUGAAGAUUGUGAUCCAUUUCAAGCUGAAAAAGCCAGUGAUUCGUUAAAGUACUGCGAUAUUAAGAUGGAUGAUUAUGGAAAGAUAAAAGACUUUCAAAAGGACGACACGGCUGCCAUCAUAAUUUAUGCCUCUGUGGGACUAGUAGCAGUGAUUUUUGUUGCUGGCAGUGCAUGGGAUUUGACAAAGACUCGUGAUCAAUGGAAAAAGGAAGAAGGUACAGAUACGAGGUCUAAUACCUUUGGGGACUCGUUCGUGUUUACACGUGGAACAGAAAGAGUUAGUGGAAAAUCAAGCGGUAGCAUCGGCUUGGAAACAUUCGAAGACCCGAUAGAGAUAUGUGUAACAAGGGGAGAGGAAUACAAAGACCGCUGAAAAUAAAAGUUGUUUUUCACCAGCUGUAAAUGAUUAAUGAGUUAGUUAUAUCAAUUUAAGGAGCAUACUACAGUUACUUAUUGUUCAGGCUAGUCGUGUCAUAGCCUUUCUUUCACAUCAUCUUCAGAUGACAAGUAAAAGAAAGGAAAAUUGGUUGCAGUAGACGUUUCAAGAAAAGCAGUUUCAUCAUCUUUUAUUUGCCUUAUUUACACAAGACAAAAAAUUUAUUGACAGCGGUUGUAGCUAUAGAAGGCGAGGAGACCCAGGAAGCCACCAGGCUUAUGAGAGCUUA